GUGAAGAAUAGUAUGGUACCUAAUUGCACAUGUGUAUGCGCAUGCGUUGGCUUGAUUGAUUGAUUGAGGAGAACUGAACAGGACACAAUUCAGAUUGAUCUUGGGAAGAAAAGCCGUUAUUAAUCGUCAAAUAUGGCUCUUCGAACGCAGUUUGAAAGUAAUAAUGAAAUUGGUGUAUAUAGCAAACUUACAAAUGCAUACUGUCUCGUAGCAGUUGGUGGUUCAGAAAAUUUUUACAGUUUAUUUGAAGCAGAGCUUGGAGAUGCUGUUCCUGUAGUUCAUUCUUCAAUAGAUGGAUGUAGGAUAAUUGGAAGGCUUACUGCAGGCAACAGACACGGUCUGCUUGUACCGAACUCCACAACAGAUCAGGAAUUGCAGCACAUUCGUAAUGCCCUUCCCGACAGUGUAGCCAUCCAAAGAAUAGAGGAAAAGCUAUCUGCCCUUGGUAAUGUCAUCGCUUGCAAUGAUUAUGUAGCCUUGGUACACCCAGAUGUUGAUAAGGAAACAGAAGAAAUCGUAGCAGAUGUUCUUAAAGUGGAGGUGUUUAAGCAAACGGUAGCUGAUAAUCCAUUGGUCGGUACCUAUAGUGUCAUCAGUAAUCAGGGAGGAUUGGUACAUCCAAAGACCACAAUUCAAGACCAAAAUGAGCUGUCAUCAUUAUUACAAGUUCCCCUAGUGGCCGGUACAGUGAACCGUGGUAGUGAAGUGCUUGGAGGAGGUAUGGUAGUCAACGAUUGGUGUGCGUUCUGCGGAUUAGACACAACCACUGCUGAGCUCUCCGUCAUUGAAAAGGUCUUCAAGAUUGGUGGAGAACAAACGGCUACCAUAGCAUCUGAUAUGAGAGAUUCACUUGUAGAUAGUUUGACAUAAAUUUGCUUCAAUGACAACAUCCCAUCUCAUUGCUGGUCCUGUAGUAUCAACCCAUGAUGAUUACAUUGAAGCAUGGACUCAUUGGAAGAGGACAUAAAGAAUAUUGUUAUCCAACGUGAAACAAAUUAAUCCUUGGGUAUGACCUUGAAACUUUGCCUGGAUAACAAACAUCUGUACUGGAUGUAUUAUUACCGCAGGUUGGGAAACAUGAAAUCAGGUAAUGAUGAAGUUAUAAUGGAUGGUGUGAUAUACCUUGAAUUCUAAAAAAAACUACUCCUUUUUUACUGAGUAAAAUUUUUAUUUUUUGUGAAAAUUUCCACUAAGGAUGUAAAUUUCCAUACUGACCAUGUGGUAUUCCUUGUUAAUCGCUCUUACAGCCUGUGAAGGGUGAAGAAACUCCUCUUUUUUUUUUUCAUUUUGAGGGCAAAAUGCCCUUUGCUUCAUGUCCUACAUUGUACCUAGCCUUGAAUACACCGAGCGCCAGUUAUGGUAGCUGGAGCUACAGCUGGAGUAGUAAUAGCGCUUUGUAUCCUCAGGCAAAAAGCGCUAUGUAAAUCCAGCUAUUAUUAUUAUUACCCUAUAUUACUACAAUGUCAAGAUUAUUUUUAUUACUAUUAUUUUGUAUUUAGGCAAUCAAGAAUACAUAAGAGAAAUUUGCAAUCCUUUUUAUUGCAUAUAGCAGAUAUUCAGCGAUAUAAACUAUCAGUAGCAAACAUUCUUUCCAAGUAUCUGGAUGUGCUCUUAUAGGUACUUCUGGUUCGAGUUAUUUUUGUCUUUUCCCAGCAUUGGGAAUAUCUUUAUUGUUUAAAAAUCCUCUUAGUUGUUGAAUUGUCAACUGCUAAAAUAAUAUGAAAAUUCAGUAGAACUAGAGCAAUAAUUAAAUUUGUUUUUUUACAAUCAACUUGAGCUAGGUAGCUGUAUAUUUUAACGCUGAGCGGAGCUGCUGCACUAACUGCUAUCAGAAGUGCAUGUCCAAGCAAAAUUACCCUGAAUGUUGACGUAUAUUGUCGAUAUUGCCUGUUAUUGCUAUAUUCGAUGAGGAGAAUUCAUAAUCAUGUGAUAGAUUGUAUAAUAUUCCUCUAAAAAUUUAGAAUGAGAACAAGUUUUGUUGUGACGCCCAUCCCUCCUCUCCCCCUUGAGCAAUUGUUUUCUUAGCCAUUUAGGCGGUGCUGCACCAUCCCGAGUUUGCUCAAUCUCGAGAUUUUAGCCCGAUCGGCCCACUUCGCGAUUAAUCUCGAGAUUCAAGAAACCCCGUCUCCACCAUCGCAAGAAGAGCGAUUCCUGCUCGAGCGAGGCAACAAGACCGAUAUUACGAGCAUGCGCACUUUCGGAUCUUGGAGUUUCAACGGCCCGCGCUUUUGAAUAACUUCCCGCGAUAUGCAAGCAAUGUACUCCUUUCACUAGCACAUUCGCCGAAUUCGACCGGUGUUAUGCAACAAUCCUCUCAGCUCAGCGAGUGAAGAAGUGAUGUAUUCUUCGUUAAAUAUGAUGGCGGAGAAGGAGGCAACGACAGAGAGAGCGAGAGAGGGAGAGAAGGAGGAAAGAAAUGCUAUUUGCUCACAUUUUGCGAAGGAAUAAGACAACACUGCUGUCAGUGUUGUUAUUGAAUAUGACCAUCGUCGAUGAGCGCCUCCCCCUUCGGUCUGGUCUCUCCCAAAAUCCAUUCACUGGUGGGACACCAUCGUUGCUGAUUAGGCAAUUGAUGAACGCUAUUCGCGAUAAUAUCUAUUCGCAUACUAUAAAAUUGACUUUCGCACGUGUUUAUGUUUUGACCAAGGCGGAAGUGGAACGCGAAUUGCAUUAUGGACUGACCUCAUGAAUAAAUUACCCCGAGUCCAAUCUCGAGUGUGUCUGCACCGACGAAUUAGCGGGAUAAUUCGUAAAAUAGCACGCUAUUUUGCAAAUAAACCUGAGUUGACUUGGGAUUGCAAUCUCGAGAUUAAUCCUACGAACUAGCGCGAUAAUUGCGUCUCCACCGCAAACUAUCUCGAGAUUUUUCAGAUCGGGAUAAUUUGCCGGAUCAGAAAUAGCGUGCUAAUUUGAAAACUUGGGAUGGUGCAGACGGCCCUAAUCCAUUUGAGAAUUCAGAAAAGGGAUGUAGUCACAUAUCUUCAUGGGCAAGUGUGUCUUUAAAUGUGUUAAACUGCUUUGACAUAUUGUUUGAGAGUUCAUGAUGUAUAUUUAAUCCAAUAUGUAAGAACAGUGAUUUUCUGUUAACUGAUUAACCAAAACAGAAAAUUUGCUUUGGUUCUUUACAACUGCUUGAUAAUUCACAAAAUUCAUGUUUUUGCUGCAUACAUUUUUUUAUGGCAAAACAGAAUUUGCAUUUUAGAUAAAGUUUGAAAUGGAAUUACUUGUUUUUAAACAGAAAAAUCACUGUCCUUAAAUGAGGGGUUAAAUUGACUUCAUUUUAGCAUCCUUUAUUUAAUGAUCGUAUUACAUGGAUCCUACAUUACCCUAUCAAAAUCUGCUGUAUAAGAGUUGGUCAUGGAGCUUGAAAAUGGGAAAUGCAAAUUACCCAAAUACCCAGCAUUAAUUACAGUGUUAAAGGUCAAGUCCACCCCAGGAAAAUGCUGACUUUGAUAAAUAGGGAAAAAUCAAACUAGCAUAGUGCUGAAAAUUUCAUCAAAAUCGGAUGUAAAAUAAGAAAGUUAUGACAUUUUAAAGUUUCGCUUAUUUUUCACAAAACAGUGAUAUGCAAAACUAGGUGAGUCAGUCGAUGAUGUCCAUCACUCACUAUUUCUUUUGUUUUUUUAUUGUUUGAAUUAUACAAUAUUUCAUUUUUUAUAGAUUUGACAAUAAGGACCAACUUGACUGAACCAUAUAGUAUUAAACAAUGCUUAUUCCACAUGUUCAUGUAUCACUUGACAAUGAGGAGAAAAUUAGAAUAUUUCAUAUAAUAAAAUACAAAAGAAAUAGUGAGUGAGUGAUGUCAUCAGUUUCCUCAUUUGCAUACUAGCCAGGAUGUGCAUAUAACUGUUAUGUGAAAUUAAGCGAAACUUUAAAAUGUCAUAACUUUCUUAUUUUACAUCCGAUUUUGAUGAAAUUUUCAGUGUUAUGCUUGUUGGAUUUUUCUCUUCUUAUUCAAAUCAACUUUUUGUUGGGGUGGACUUGUCCUUUAAAUAAUCGUGUUGGCAUAUACACUUGGCCUAGUGAACCCAAAGCUUUCCUUAAUUCUGUACUAAUUAAUACCAUCUUAAAGAUAAAUGCCAAUUGUAAUGGUUUGCUUUUGUCUUAUAGCUGAGGAUAUUGCCUACUGUAGCUGAUGAAUGUCUUGAAAAUUUUAUACAAUUAUAUUUCUUUAUGCUAGGGAAUGUUUGCCUAAUUCAUUAGUGCUUAAUGUGAAUUAUUUACAAUUAGUCAUAUUUAUUCAGUGGGACAUAAUUCUCCAAAUGUGAAAAGAAAUUAAGUCUAUAUAUCAUAUUGAAACUGAGAAAAUGGCUGCAAGCGAAAAUUUGCUUGUACUUUCUUGAAUAUCUUCUUCAGAAAUAGGUUGGGUGUAUGGAGUGAACAGUUUGAUGAUAGAUUGCCACUUGGUCUACAACCACUUGGUCUACUUUCCAUUUGGUCUCAUCCUUCAUGGUCUAAUCCUACUUUGUCUGAAACAUGUAUGUCUAUUAACCAUUUGGUCUAACUGCCAUUUAGCCCAUUUACCAUUUUGUUUUAUUUCCAGUUAGGUUACACCCAUUUUGUCUAAAAUCAAAUUGGUAUGACACUACUUAGUCUAACUGUUUGAACCAAGUUUUCAUUUGACAAAGUGAAAAUACUUUUUAGAUAAAGAGGAUAUAAUAGCGCAUUUUAGCAUCCACUUAGCAGACGCUUUCUGCAAUGUUCAGAAUCUAUUGAAAAUGCCUGUCAAUCACAAUGGACAGAUUAGAGGUCAUUGUCGAAAGAUGGUGGACCAGGUCAGCACAUCGUCUUAAGAUUUGGACCAGACAAAAAUGCAAAUAUUUCGUUUGUCCAGAGUCCUGGACGACACUGCUGUUUUGAUUCACUGAUUUUCGACAAAGGCCGCUUUGUUAUAAAGGGCUUUUUACAAAAGAUUCUGUGUUAUAAAAAGCGUCUGCGAAAUAUUUGCUAAAAUGCCCUAAUACUAUCUGGGUAAUAGAGUAAAUGAUAAUUAUACUAAAUGGAUAUUAGUCCAAGACUAGUGUAGACCAAAUGGAAAUUAGACUUAGUUGAGAGUAGACCGAAUGGGUCUAGCACAUGUGGCAUUAGACUAUCUACGAGUAGACCAAGUAAAUAUAAACUCAGUUGUUCAUAUUCUGAUGUCGGGUUCAGCUUAUACCAUGGUUUAACUCUGUACUGAAAUUAUGGAAAGCCAACAAUAUCAACAUUUUGUUAACAUUAUGUUUCUUGUCAUUAUUGUGCUCUUUCCCAAUUUUUUGACAGUGAAUAUGAUUAUCUUAAUUAUUCUUCCCAGACAGUUAACCCUAAUUCUCCCGGGGGGGGGGCCAUAAUGGCCCCCCCUUGACAAUUUUCGCGAUAUAUCUGCUGCGCAAAUUUUUUUGACCUCGCCGCUCACUGACUUUUUACUUUCAAGUCUCGCGCAAAUUUUGAGACCAAAUUUGUGACGCCCGAGUACACGGUUACGACAUUACGCAACAUUAUGUAAGUGCAUGUCAGACCCAAAAUUGCUCAUAAACGUGAUUUCAUGUACAAAUCCAAUGCAAAUUGUGUAUUUAGCCAAAAUUCAUAAAUGUAUCAUUAUUUCUACUUUUACUGAUUAAACUGAAUUAACUUUGCCUUGUUUAUGAUCAGAACUAAGUCUGGAAUGAUUUCCAUUGAAAAAACAAUAAAAAACAAAAAGUAAAAAAACAAAGAAAUACAUAAAACAAUAAAAUACAUAAGAAAUUGAUUUCCGAACCGAAGUUUUUUUAAUUGCGAUUGUUAAGAUUGCUACAAAGAAUUUUUUUACCAAAAAUUAGCAUUCUAGGAGCUUUAUUUAGUGAAUUAUAGCAAAAAGUAUGAUUUAUGCAUAAAUUAGCAUAAUUAAUUGAUAUAAAAUAAAAUCUCAUUAUUUUGGAAAAUUUUACCAUACAGCCUUGUAGAUUACUUUUUGCGUCGCUCGCGCAAUCGGCGGCCGAGAUCUUAAGGGGGGGCCAUAAUGGCCCCCCCCCCCCCCCGGGAUUGACAAGAAUCAAAAUACCCCGGGAGAUUGAGGGUUAAGACUGAUUUGGGAGUAAAGUAUGCUGAUAAAUUGAGCCUCUAGCUGUUAAAAAAGAAUUAUGCCACAAAUGGCUCUCCAUAGUCAAACCACAACCUUAGACCAGAGUUUAAAUUAAACCUGACUUCAGCAUACGGGCCAAUGUGAGUGGCCAAGGAGGAUCAUGAACCAUUAUUUUUCUUUUCUCACACAGGUCGCAAAACUGUAUUUCAAACCAGAAUAGAUAUUUGUCACAUUCUUGGAUCCAUAUUUUUUACCAGAGUACAUAUGGAUAAGUUUGUGUUUUUGUCAUUAAUUUCUAUUCAAUCUUUAUUUUAUGUAUAAAAUAACAUAGACAUGAAAAAAAAAUGAAGAAUAAACAAGAUCAAACAUUGUAUGUACUUUUCCUGAUAUUGAAUAAACACUUUCUUGUACAGAAACUUGUCAUAACUGAA